AUGCUGCAUGCUUGCCUGUCGCGCAUCACAGCCCAGCUUUUGCUGGAUCACGGAGCCGGACAACACGUCAAUGUGGUCUCCGGCACCGGAACCCGGGUGUCGCUGCCGCUGCAUGUCGCCGUGACGAAGGGCUACCACGAGAUGGUGAAGCUGCUGCUGGCUCACGGAGCCGACCCCCGCCUCCAGUCGCGGGACGGGCGAUCGGCGGUGGACUUGGCCCAGAGCAACAGCGCCAUCCUGGCAACCUUGCUUGAACAACAAGCCCCGGCAACAGCUACGUUACACUGA